GAUUUGUAUAGUUUGUAAAAGGGGUCGUAUACAUGUUUGCAGAUUCGUAUUGCUGUGUCUGUUUUGUAUUUUAUUCAUUGUGUGAAGUUACGAAAGUGAUUACGAUAUCUCGAGAUAGAUUGAUUAUACAUGCUCCAAUCCAAACUUGAUUGAAUUAGCUAUUUACUUGAGAGGUUAAUCUUGUUCGUCAAUAAUGUACAUGUCUGUAUCUGGCCUUUAUGAGCAUAAACAUAGAAAGUCUCACAACUAUUUGGUUGGGGUCUAAUUUCAACAGCAUUGACAGGUGCUUAGUAGGUCUGUCUUAAAUUAUUAUUAUGUAAAUAAACAAAAAUCAACACUUCACUUGAUUUUUAUGUUAAAAUAUAAAAUAAAAAGGAGCAAUUGUUCUUGUUUUCUUUCACAAAAAAAAAAAAAUCACAUCUAAGUCCUCCAUAUUUAGCUACAACAAAACUUGCCAACCCAACACACCUUUGGCCUUGUUUUGUAUGGAAUGUUAUUCAAUGCAAGACAGAAUUUUUAUUUAUUUUUUAUUUUUUAUGAAAAUAAAGAAGAAAAUCAAAGUGGAGAUCUCUCAUUUUGUUUUUUUAUUAUUUAUUUUAGUUUUUGAGUUCAAGCUGGGGUUGUACAGACUACAGAGGUCGUUUCAUAUCUUAUAUGUCGUAUGGUAAACAAGGCAAACAGGCCCUCGGGUUUCGCCGUUGCCAGAAAAAGCCUUCGUUUUCUCUUUAGUCUUUUAAGAUAUAAAACCCGGUCAGAGAGUGAAGGUCGUGAGCCGUGGAGUAGCGUGGAUUCGAGGUAAAUUCGUUCUCACUGGGCAAAAUGGUCACAUUCAGGUUUCACCAGUACCAGGUGGUGGGGAGAGGCCUACCAUCUGAAAUAGAUGAGCACCCUAAGAUUUACAGGAUGAAGCUUUGGGCAACCAAUGAGGUUCGUGCCAAAUCCAAGUUCUGGUAUUUCUUGAGGAAGCUGAAGAAGGUUAAGAAGAGUAAUGGUCAAAUUUUAGCAAUUAACGAGAUAUUUGAGAAAAAUCCGACCACUAUUAAGAACUAUGGGAUCUGGCUGAGAUAUCAAAGCCGAACAGGGUACCACAACAUGUACAAGGAAUAUAGAGACACCACCCUCAAUGGUGGUGUGGAGCAAAUGUACACGGAGAUGGCUUCUCGUCACCGAGUAAGGUUUCCCUGCAUUCAAAUAAUCAAAACAGCCACAAUACCAGCGAAGCUGUGCAAGAGGGAGAUCACUAAGCAGUUCCAUAACUCGAAGAUCAAGUUCCCCUUGGUGUUUAAGAAAGUGAGGCCACCCAGCAGGAAGCUGAAGACCACAUACAAGGCAUCAAGGCCAAACUUGUUCAUGUAGUUUUCUUAAUGCUGGGAUUGUUGCCCCUAUUACUAUUACUAUUAGGCUCGGUAACUCACAUGCUCCGAACUCUGUUUCGUGUUGUUUUCUUAGUCAUAUGUUGAAAGUUUUGAGUAUUUUUUUCAUCUGAAAAGUUUGUUAUUGAAGUCUUUAAUUUAUAAAAUAGUUAUCAUAUCCGACAAAAGCCAAGAUAGGUGAGACAAGGGUUCAACAUAACAGGUGUUCUCUAAAGUUGUCAGUAUUGUUUCUUAGUAUUGUUUGCUUUGCUGGAGGCGAUCUUAGGAUCUCUUUUUCAAUCUCGUACGAGUACGAGUACGUACCUGUGUCCUUUGAGAUCUAUUUUAUUUUAGGGUUUAGGGAUGCCUCUGCUCCAAAUCCAAUUAGAUUUAUAUAACCCUUUAUACAUGUGAAUGUGAUGCAACCUAUUUAUUUAUUUAUUAAUUUUAUUUUAUUU